AUAAGAACACGAUUCCCCCGCGGGAAAAAAAAUAUACCUAGGCCACGCCAGGUCGCCAGGUCUCAGUGUCAGGUCACCGCAAUCCAAAGGCCGCACCUUUCGCCUCCGGCCCUAGGGUUUCGCCUGCCUCCCAAUUCGAUCGCGAGUGCACCAUUACCAGGUGAUCUCUUCCCCAUUGGUCUGCUGUGACGUGGGAGAUGCCGCCGAAGUCUAAGAGGGGUGGCGCUGCCGCCGCGAGGAAGGCGACGGGGGCGAGGGGGCGGAUGGGGAGGGCGCAGGCUGCUGCGGAGGAGGCGCCGGCUGUGGAGGAGAUGAAGGAGGCGCCUGCUGAGGAGGUGAAGGUCGCCGAGGAGGCCCCGAAGGUGGUGGAGGAGCCGAAGCGGCAGCCCUCGCCUCCGCUGCCGCAACAGCCGGUGGUGGAGGAGAAGGGCUCGGAUGCCGCGGCCAACGGUGCCAACCAGGGCGAAGAUGACGGAGUUGCAAAAGAAACAUAUGAAGAAGAGGACAAAGGUGAACGGCUGGAGUUUGAGGAUGAACCAGAAUAUGAAGAGGAGGCUGCUGUAGACUAUGAUGAGAAAGAUUUGGAACAGUAUGAAGAGCAAUACGAGGAUGGUGAUGAAGAGGUGGAGUAUACUGAAGAUGUGGUUGAAGUGGAGACAGAUAUGGUGGAUGAGGAACUUGAUGAAGGUGGUGAUGAUGGGGAGGGAGAGGGGUACGAAAAUGCUGACGAAGAACAUCAUGUGGACGUGGAUGAUGAAGAGCAUAAUGAAAUGGUCAAAGAGCACCGCAAGCGGAAGGAGUUUGAAGUUUUUGUUGGUGGGCUGGAUAAAGAUGCAACAGAAAAUGACCUUAGGAAGGUUUUUGGUGAAGUUGGUGAGAUCACUGAAGUUCGUCUGAUGAUGAACCCUGUCACAAAGAAGAAUAAAGGCUUUGCCUUCCUGCGAUAUGCAACUGUAGAGCAAGCAAGGCGUGCUGUUUCAGAGCUAAAGAAUCCACUGGUGCGGGGUAAACAAUGUGGCGUUGCUCCAAGUCAUGACAAUGAUACACUCUUUGUCGGCAAUAUCUGCAAAACAUGGACAAAAGAACAUUUGAAGGAUAAACUGAAGAGUUAUGGAGUUGAAAGUUUUGAUGACUUACUACUGGUUGAGGAUACUAACAAUCCUGGGAUGAAUCGUGGCUAUGCCUUGCUUGAGUUUUCUACUCGGCCUGAGGCGAUGGAUGCUUUCAGGAUAUUGCAGAAGAGGGAUGUAGUCUUUGGAGUUGAUCGUAGUGCAAAGGUUUCCUUUGCUGAUUCCUACCCUCAAGUUGAUGACGAAAUAAUGGCACAGGUCAGAACUGUAUUUCUUGAUGGCCUUCCUCCCUCAUGGGAUGAAGACCGUGUUAAAAAAUAUCUCAAAAAGUAUGGAGCUAUUGAGAAAAUCGAGCUUGCUCGAAACAUGCCAGCUGCCAAGAGAAAGGAUUUUGGGUUUGUUACAUUUGAUACACAUGAUAAUGCUGUUGCUUGUGCUGAAGGGAUAAGUAACUCUGAGGUUGGUGAAGGUGAUCACAAGGCAAAAGUAAGGGCUAGACUGUCGCGACCACUACAGAGACCACCUAGAAUGAAGCAUGGAUUGAGAGGAAAUUUUAGAGUCGGGCAUGGUGCCCCACGAGGUGUCCGUUUACCGUACGCUCGUGCUCCUCCACCUCGCAGGCCUCCGCCACGUCUUGUUCGACCUGCUGUUAGUCGCUUACCACCCAUCAGGAGCCAUCCAUUGAAGCGGCCCGUAGAUAUUAGAGAUAGGCGUCCUGUUAUGUCAAUGCCAGAUAGAGCUAGGCGUUUACCUCCUCCAGAGAGAGCUUAUGACAGGAGGCCCCCAGCCCCAGUUUACCCGAAGAGAAGUCCAAGGAGAGAAUACGGGAGGCGUGAUGAACUUCCUCCUCCAAGGAGCAGAGCUACGAUUGAUUACAGUCCUAGAGUUCCAGUUGAUAGACGUCCCUCUUUGAGGGAUGAUUAUUCACCCCGGGGAUCAGGUUAUUCAGACCUAGGUCCUCGUAGUGCUCCACGUCUUUCUGAUAGACGAGCUUAUGCUGAUGAUAGUUAUGGGGGGAAGUUUGACCGGCCUUUACCGUCCUAUAGGGAGGGUCGUGGCCGUGAUUAUGAUACCAUUUCUGGAUCAAAGCGUCCAUAUGCAGAUUUGGAUGACGUGCCUCGGUAUCAAGAAAUUGGUGUUCGUCAGUCCAAGGCACGCUUAGACUAUGACAUUGGUGGCAGCAGUGCUCGGUAUGGAGAUACAUAUAGCGAGAGGUCUGGACGACCACAUGUGGGAUAUAGCAGCAGCCGAUCUAUCCCUGGUCAUGAUUCAGCAUAUGGCAGCAGCCGUCAUGGCAUGAGUUAUGGAGGUUCUGCUAGCAGUGCUGAUGCUGGUGGUAUGUACCCACCGAGUUACAGUGGUAGCUAUGGGUCUCGUGGAUCUGAUGUUGGUGGGAGUUCAUAUUCUUCGCUUUACUCCUCGAGCCGCAAUUUGGGUAGCAGCAAUGGUGGCUACUAUGGAGGUAGCGGUUCCGGUUCAUAUUACUAAGAUUUGGCAUCACCUCAUCUUUGUGGAACAGAUUUGGCAUCAUAGGACGUUGGUGUAGGCCCUGCAUUUUAUGGAGCUCCUUGAUUUAAGCCCUACAGAUCUGGAAAAGAAGUGCCAAGCACCCAAGUGAGGCAAUGUUUUCAAAUAAGACAUUUCAACGAAGCCAGACCAUCGAGUUGGUUGAAGCAGUAGUCCUGAGGAUGUUCUGGCUUGUUUAUGUAAUGUAAGGAUUUGCUUUAUCUGGUCAAGAGUUAUGAACAUAAGAGCCAGAUAUGGUGUUUUAAGUGUUUCGACAUGUUUACUUCCAGUGUUUCUAUAACGUUAUUGAGACAGAAAUGGAGUGCGCUUUGAGGUAGUUUCUGCAAUUCAAGGUAUUUGGGGAUUACAUCUUGUGAUGUGCUGGCAAAGAUCAGGCUUACAAAAGAAGCUUUACAAGGAGUGCUUCUUGUAAGGCUGUUAGUUUCUGAAAACCUUCCCUUCUCUUCUCUAGAGGAUCAAUAACUGCCAAGACAGAAUGUUGAUUGGUCAGACUUAAAUUCUGGGCACCUAUGUUGCAUUCCAGGUACAAAUGGUUUUAUCGGUUGCCAAAAUUUGAGAGAAACUGCUUGUGUGGCAAAAAUUUUCCCAAGCAGUUACUUUGGCUUCUCCAAUGUUUAAGAUAACAGAACUUGAAGCAAAAGGACAUUUGAAAUUUGAGUAUAGCCUUGCAUUGACUAUAGAGCACAAGGCAUCAGAUAAAUUUAACAAGCAGUGCCAGUAUUGAACACAACCCUGGUUUGAUCACCUACCAUUUAUGAAAAUCCAUUGAACUGCUUUAUGGAGUAUGGAUUACUAACAAUUUUGAGCUUAAUGGGUUUUGGAUGAUUGCAAGCUUUCAAGAAUCUUGCUGGAGGCGUAACACACUAACUGAUCAAGUUACAGAAAAAGUAUGAUUUGUCUGACACCAUUAAUUUCUAUGACAUAAUUUCAUAACAUAGUUUGGGACCAAACGUGUAGCUCAAUAUCGUCACACUUAGGCUUUAAACCCACCAUAUGUGUGAUAUAUCUCAUCGGUCUAAUUUGUGAUAGCAUGUUUGUUUUGUGGAUCAUUUUUACCAAAUGAUUACUUUGCCAAGAAUAUACCUUUAUAUAAGUUGAUUGAUGAAACAAGGCAUGCUGUGUUGUGUGUUUUGAUAGUGACUAACUCUGUAUGGCAUCCCUAUACCUUUAUCCAGUAGCUGAAAGAUGACUAGUAAUAUCAAUACCCCAGCUAUACAGUCCGCAGAGAGCUUAAACCUGAGCUUAACUUAUAACUUCUGGUGUCAUCCUUCUGAGGAAACCUCAUGCACUAACUUUGGAUUUACUUGAUCAAUUGAGCUAGGGAUAAUAACGCUAUUGGAUCCUGAGGUCAGACUGUCAGAGACAAUUUUGUCCUUGGAAUUGGUUUUUGGAGAUAACCUAGUGAUGACACUGAGUAGGAUGAAAGAUCAAUAUGUAGUUUCAUGAAGAGGCUGCUCUGAGAUGGCUUCUGCAGUAUUCAGAAACACAUUUUUGUGAGCUUAUCGAUGUACUUUGAGGGCCAUUAUUUGUUACUUAUGUGUUAGUAGUUAUUUUGGAAUAGGACAUCAUGAGGGAGAUUGAUGAUGGUAUUAGAUCUAGCAGAACUGUUGAUUGCCAAAUGUGCACAGAAGGAAUACUUUAUGCAAUGGCAUCAAUGAGUUUGGUUACUGGGGGCCAGCAAGUGGGAAUCAGCUCCUGCUGAAAAACAAGGGAAAGGAGAUUAUUUUUCCUUGAUGGGGCAAGGAUGAUAGAUCUGAAAGAAGCGUGGCAUGGAAAUAUUUUUCUUGGAAAACAGUAGGCACAGGAUUAAGUACAAGAAUACUCCAUUCAAAUUCUGAGUUGAAGGGUCUUGAAAUUUUCUCCUCAAUUGCUGGAGCAAACUAAAGGAUCUAACACAGUUUAGUCCAAAGUAUUCAACAUAAAAGAUACUUUGGAAUCACAAUAAGCUGACAAAUACAUCAAUUUUUUUUCGAGAAUUGUAAGACUGCUCCAUUAGUCCAUAUCAAUUUGACCAUCUGAAUUUCAUAACUUUGUUUUUAUUCUGUUAUUCACAUGGCUUUUUUUAAUAUUGUUAUUAUCAAAGCAGUUGUUGAUGCACCUUUUGUAUCCUCUCUAACAUGCUUCCAUUGCUGUUUUGAUGCUGUUACCUGCUUUUCAUGCUAACAUGGCUUCAAUACUAUAAUUGUUUUUGAGCCCUUUGAGAAUUGUAGCCACCAGCAUGCCUCUCCAAAGACGUGGGUCAAGGUUCAAACCGGUAGUGGUUGCUGUCAAAAGCAGCCAGAUUUCUUAACAACUCGUGUGAUGUUGCAUUGCUCUCUAGAUUACCAAUUUGAGCUUGUAAAUAACACUGUAGGCAUGGAAGGAACCAAAUGUACAAAAAUAUAAUUAACUGCUCAUGAAAUAUCAUAUGGAGAUAUACUGACGUUUG